UGGCAGUAGAACAUUAUAGAAGGCUGCUGUUGUUAGGCGGUGUAGGCAGAAGCAGCUCGUUGUGCGGUGCGCUUCUGCACUUAGCCUAAAUUUACGUUGCUCCCGCAGUUCAGUAUACUCUAAACUCGUCUCAGAUCUCUGAGUCGAAAAUGAGCGACAACGAGAAGGACUUUAGGGAGCAGGACUCUCGGGGAGCCUCAAGGAGUGCGUCCCCAAGGGGCUCGGCAAAAUCCACCAGCCACUCUCCGGCACGCUCUAAGGAUGGCUCUCGGCACUCCAGGUCCAGAUCUCGGUCGCAUUCCAGAUCAAAAUCCAGAUCAAGGUCCCACCGAAGCUCGCGCAGGCGCUACUCCCGCUCUCGCUCCCGCUCUCGACGCAGGCGGUCAAGAAGCCGCUCUCGCAGUUCGAGUUACCGUCGACGCAGGAGCCACAGCCAUUCCCCGAUGUCCAAUCGGCGCAGACACAUUGGCAACAGGGCCAAUCCGGACCCCAGCGCCUGCCUGGGCGUGUUUGGUCUGAGCCUUUACACCACUGAGAGGGACCUGAGGGAGGUUUUCUCUAAAUACGGCCCUCUGGCGGACGUCAACAUAGUGUAUGAUCAGCAGUCCCGGCGCUCAAGAGGCUUCGCUUUUGUUUAUUUUGAAAACAGUCAGGACUCCAAGGAGGCUAAGGAGCAUGCUAAUGGUAUGGAGCUUGACGGGCGCAGGAUCAGGGUGGAUUUUUCUAUUACCAAAAGAGCUCACACUCCAACUCCUGGAAUCUACAUGGGACGCCCUACUUAUGGUGGUGGUGGAGGAGGUGGUGGUGGUGGUGGUGGAGGAGGAGGAGGUGGUGGAGGAGGAGGUGGAGGUGGCUCAUCACGCCGUUUCUCUAGGGACUACGACAGGGGCUAUGACAGAGGAUACGAUAGAGGUUAUGAUCGGGACUAUGAUCGUUAUGAAGAGCGAGAUUACCGGUCAUACAGGCGCAGAUCUCCGUCUCCGUACUACAGCAGGGGUUACCGCUCACGAUCUCGGUCCUACUCACCACGUCACUACUAGAUGGUCGGUGAGGAUGGUCAACAACAGUGUUACCUUUUGGAUACUUUAUUGUUUUUUUCACUUCCAUAUGCGAGUGUGUGUGAAAGGGACUUUGCAUGUAUUCAUGUAUUAGAAAGUUUGAUUUUUGUCUCUAAACAUGUCAAAGGCAGUGGUGAGUUUUCAUGUCACUCAGUUUAGCAAAAAUUAUGGAGUUUCAAAUAGUCGGGCAAUUUUUGCUUUUUCUGUUUUGGUCUUUCUGUAUGUUGUCAUAUACAAAAUAAGAAUGCUUUUUAAAAAUGUUG